AUGCUACGAUUUUCCUUAAUUCUUGUGGUUUUUGUUGCACUUUUUCUGGAAUCUUAUGCAUCUAUUCUGGAUAAUCGGACUACCAACGAGACAAUAACGACUUCUUCAAAUGAGACUGUUAUUCGAGCAGAGAGAGGUGGUGAGAAGAGACAAGUGUAUCAACCAGGACCAGUUAUUCACAAUAGCUUGACACCGCAGGCACAACCUCAAAACGAGCCUGUACCAUACCUGUGUAGCAACCCAAAAUGCCGAUUUCUUAAUGAACAUUCUCUCGUUCCCUUCAUUGCCGCGGGUGUCUUCAUGAUUCUGGCAGUUGUCGUCUACACCAUUCUAUUCUGUUUUGGUACCCCCAGAAUGCUUCCAAAAGCAUUAUGCAUAUUGAUUGCAUCGAUUAUAUUUGGUGUCAUUAAUGCUGAUGUCCUGUCAGAUCCAAAUUAUCGGAUUUUCCGGGAUAUCUCUUCUAUCAGACAAAGAGUCACUAAUCGGCCAGUGAAGAACGUUUCGACAACAGAACUUCCCACAUAUUAUGAACAGAACUACAAAAUCUCUCAACGUGUCAAGAGGCAAGCAUGUGCUGCGAGUUGUCCGCCACUCACAAAGGCUACGACGCCUGCUUAUGAUGGCUUGAUCGCGACUGAAAACUUUUACAUCGAAUACAGCACCGACGCCUCCGGAUGCCCAAUUGCAGAUCUGACAUGCGUUGGAGGUGAUAUGGCCACUCUGGAUUAUGCUGACGGGAAUGGAGAAGUAAUUACAGUAAGUACAUCGUCUUAUCAUUCAAAACAAAUUGAAUUAUAUUCUCUUUUCUAG